AUAUCUCGAACUUUCAGAUGCAUUCCAGACUAAAGAGACUAGUUUCAAUAUUAAUAUUAAUAACGUGCCUGCAACAUGUACAAGGACUGAUAGGAUAUGAUUGCGGAUCGGCCUCUACGAAUUUAACCACUUUAUCCUUAUUACAUAUCGAAGAAUGCGAUAUUCCACCCCCGCGAGUUGACACCACUAAGACCUACGUACAAUUACUACAACUCAAUGACUUUAAUACCAUUAGAGUAAGACAAUGUAAGAUAGAGAUUGACCGCACUAUCAAGAAAUGCGGGAUGUUCUCUCAUACAAUAGAGGUACAAAAUGGAAAAUAUUCUUAUAUAGAAGAAAUUUCGCACGAGACGUGUCAACACAUGCACUCAUUCGGGAGCUACGAACUCUCGGGAACUCGUAUCAAUGGAUUAAAACCUAAUCAAACUACUUCCCGUCCGGUGAUGUUGGCGGGGCAUAUCGAUGAAUAUCAUGUAUGCUACGGAGCACCGUACUCGGAUCCUUACGGAACUUGGACGGACGUCAUCGCGCAAGCCACUGUAAAAAUUACGUUACAGGAUUACUUUGCUAGCGUUCGGCUAAAUACAAAUCGCGUCCAACUCAGAUCAGGGAUAACUUGCGAAUUUAACGCCGGACGCUGUUUCGACAUAGAGGGGGGUAACACAUUUUGGGACCCCGCCCCCAUUAAUUCCUGCAAAUCUGACUAUAGCGUUUUAUACGAAGGUCAUGCAGAUAAAAUAAUUGACAGCAUAAGCACCUCACCCCGCACAGCAUACUCAAUAAACACAAAAGAAACUGUUUUUGCUCUAACCAGUAUAAGUGAAUAUAAAGUAUGUGGAAUAUAUACGCUGAAACGAACAGAACACCCGAAGUUAAUGAUUUUCGAAACCUCCCCUACGGCUGAAGUUUUCAAGAGUUAUGGUCGCUUAAUUAAUUUGGAUAUAUUCACUUAUAUGAACUCGAAGUUUGUUUAUGUGGAAAAGCACGUCCGCACGCAAGUCAACGAACUAUACAGAAAUAUUUUACUACAGCAAUGUAAUCUCGAACGACGAAUGAUGCAAAACGCAUUGGCUAUUGCCGCACGGUCACCAGAUAUUUUUGCUUUUCAUUUUAUGAAAGGGCCUGGAUAUAUGGCUUUACAAGCAGGAGAAGUAGUUCACAUAAUAAAAUGCGUGCCCGUCGAGGUAAGACUAGCACAAACAUCUAAUUGCUAUGAGCAACUGCCGGUAUUAUGGACGAACCAAUCAUAUUUUUUAACCCCACAAACACACAUACUGCUUCGACAAGGUACGCAAAUUAAUUGUAACUCAUUUGCACCACCAAUGUACCAUCUGGGGGAAGCUUGGUAUAAACUUGUGCCAAGACCGGUAGAAACACUGUCGCCGACGAUUAUGAAACCAUUGACCAAACCUACCUGGAAAUAUAUAAGUCCUGGAGCACUUGCAACCAGUGGCAUAUACUCACAAAGCGACUUAGAAGAACUUAAAGAUCACAUAAUGUUCCCCGCCGAGCGACCGGCAGUACUCAACACAGUAGCAAGGGGAGUGAUGGGACAGUCAACGCAUUUAUACGGCGGAUCUAUUUCAAAUCUUCUCGAUGAAGCUUCUAUCGAAAGGGUCGCGGCCUCAGCAUGGAAUAAAAUCUGGGGAAAAUUCUUAAUAUUUGGAAACAUUAGCGCCGGAAUGAUGGGAAUCUACCUAUUUAUAAGAGCAUUUAAAUUACUAUUAGAUACACUCGUACACGGGUACGCCUUACAUACAGUAUACGGAUGGUCUGUAUACCUGCUGGGAGCUGUAUGGGACUCUUUAACCCAUCUUUUAUUACUCUUGGCCAAAAAGAAACAGAAGAAAAAUGAACCCUCGGCUCCGAUGCCUGAAGAAAGGGAUAAUGAACGACAAGACAGCGAGAAAAAUACAGUGGAAGCAGGACAUACUUACCCGCUCCUCCCUACAAGAGAGACAGCAACCUAUACACUCGAAUUGAAAGAUUAAAAUUAAAUAAAAAGGGGCAAAUAUAAAUUAAAAUUAAUAUUAAUAGUGUUAAUAAUAAUAAUAAGAAGAAAAUUACAGAAUAAACAAAUAAAUAAAUACACAAAUAAAAUUUAUAAAUUAUCAAUGCUAUAAUGAUUUAACUCUUAACUCAACAACUUAUUCAGUCACACGCUGCGACGUGUAGAUACCCUAUCACUUUUCACAUGCUACGACAUGUAGAUUUAUUUUUCUUGCAAAGAGGGUUUUAGACCCUAUACUCUUAUUGUAGCAGUACGCAAAAUGAGACAGUAUCAAACAUACAUUAAGAUACAUAAAUCUCCCUGCUUUUAGAAAUGGAAACUGAAAUCAAACCCAUCGACACCAACUACCUUACACGAAGCUCCCUGAAAGUGCGGGUCCUCAAGGUGGAUUCUCCCACACUUAUUUGGGUGCAAAUUGAGCACGCAAAAGAGGGCCUUGAGGAGUUAAUCGACGAUCUAUCGGGCCGAAUGACAAGGAAGGGUAGAUUUCUACGUCUUUGGCCCCAUCACGCCUUUGUAGGAACAUUUGUCGCAGUGCAGGAAAGAAAGAGAUGGCAGAGAGGCGUCAUCACAAAGAUAGAGGAGGGAGAGCUGGCAACUGUCGCACUCCGAGACUGGGGACGUGUCGUGCGUCGGCGUAUAUUCGAUCUGUAUACGCUAGAAGAACGGUUUAGGGAAAAGAGAUGGCAAGCCAUCCCUUGCACCCUGGCGCACGUACAACCUGCCGGGACCGGGACCAGAUGGUCACGUAAGGCCCGGGAAAUGUCUCGAUUGAUUAUGGAGAAACGGGAAGGAUGGAUGCGAAUCCUCCAACCCAUUGAAGAUCACGCUGCAGUUAUCUCGCUUGAACUCAAGCGAGAAACUGAUGACGAGGAGCGCAGCAUCAAGCAGCUUCUCAUUCAACUCGGCUGUGCUCAGCACGCCGAUGAAAUCAUCACCCCAGGAGUACCGGGAAUAUUAUAAUAAAAAAAAAAAA